CCGUGAUUGUCUCUGCCUCACCAAAUUCCCGGAAAACAGAGCAUCUUCCAGAGUCCCAAUUAAGUCUCGCCAAAUGAGGCCUUUUCCAUCAACUCCGACCACCUUCAAUUCUUCGCCGCCGCCGUCUCCUUUCUCUUCAGCCGGCUGUAUGCGAAGCUUCAAGUCUCCGAUUCCGUACCUAUUCGGAGGGCUCGGUCUGAUGCUGGCUCUUAUUGCAGUAGCAUUAGUGGUGCUGGCCUGUUCUCACCGGAAACGACCCUCGCCGUCGCCGAACUCUUCCGGUUGUGAUGACGAAGAAAGCAAAUUGGAAGCAGCCAAAACGACGCCGGAUUCAGAGCCCAGAAUCCUGGUUAUCAUGGCCGGACACAGUAACCCCACUUACUUGGCAAAACCUCUCUCUUCUUCUUCUUCAUCCUCCUCCUCCUCCUCCACUGCAACUCAACAAACCCUAUGAAGGACAAUUAAUAUCAUUCUUCUUCUUCUUCUUUCUUCUUGUUCUGGUUUUGUUUGUCGUUCACAGAGAUGCAGAUAAAUGCUGUUAUAGGUAUAAAAGCGUACCCGUUUUGUGUUUGGGUAUGGCUUUCUAAGUUCAUAUGAGUUUUGCGAGAUCUUGUAUCUAGUCUGGAGAGUUUAUAAUAAGUUAAUAACACACGCAUCGUCCAUCAGAGAUUUCGAUAUUA